AUGUAUGUUACAAGGCGUUUAUCGGAAUACCAAAGAAACAGAUCGGAACCGGCACCGGAAGGUCCAAACUCCGGCGUACUUAUAAUUCAAGAUGAAGAAUCAAAACCAACUUGUUGCUUCGGAUCUUGCUACGAGCCUGGACUCAAAGGCUUACCUUUUCCACAGAACGCGAAGCUAACUGUGAAUUACAGCAUCACAGUUAAUAACGUGACCAUAGCUUAUCGUGAUCCGGUCGUUUUCAUACCUGUUCUUGAUCAACCCUUGUCUUCAAACCGUUACUACGCCAUUAAACGAAGCGGGAAACACUCAGGAGAGGCUUCGGCUAAUGCGAAAGAAGAAGACAGAGUCCCCUGUUGCUUUUGUUUCAGUUAUGUUCCUGAAGCUAAGCCACAACAUGCAGAUCCUUAUGACAUAUAUCAACAAUUCGAGAUCCAUCAACCGAAAUCAUUGUCUCGAAAUUACUAUGCAACAUCCGUUGCUCCUGAUGGUGUACCACCAGAGUUUCUCAAGAGAAAGUAUUGGACCGUUGAGUAUUCGACAUCCGAAGACUUUGGUUUGGCAGAUGAUGCAAAAGGGAUUAACACUAAGCUUCGUUCCGAGUUUCCUAAUGAUCUGAGCACAAGCAUUGUGGUAGGAAGAUGGUAUGUUCCUUUCAUAUUCGUGAAUGAAAGAGAUGCAAAGGAUCAGCUUAAGAGCUCAACUUAUUACAGCAUGACUCUUCACCAAAGAUGGGAAGAGGUUUACUCUUGCGAAAAUGCUUACAACGAAAACCGCGAGGUUGAAGUUAAUGUUGUAGUGGAAACAGAAGUUGUGAAGCUUGAGGGACAAGAGAUUGGAAAGAAGACAAGAAGUGAGGAUGAAAAUGGGGUUGUUUGGUUUGAAGUUGCAGACAAGAGGCUAGGUUUGAGAUCUGUGGUCACAGAGAGGAUGAAAUGGGAAGAGGAGAGAUUCGGGUGGAAGAACGAUUCGCAUAGAGCGAUUGUUAAAAAAUCUGAGAGAUUCAGUGGAGGCGGUUCGAAUUGGAAGAGUUACAGAUGUUAUGUCUUGGUGGAGAGCUUUGUGUUGCAGAGAAUGGAUGAGAGUUUAGUGUUGACAAAUGAGUUUAAGCAUGUGGAUAAGUUGAGGAGCAAGUGGGAAUCAUGA